ACCGCACGCCUUCCCUCUCGGAAUAAAUCUCAAUUCCUAAAAUGCAAUUGCCACGGCUCCUUACUUCCCUGCUAUUUCUUAGCCCCCUAGUCGUAUGUCAUGCUGUGACAUCUCCGGAUAAGAAGGAGGUUUACACUGCUGGAGGUGGGAAGUGUAAGAAUCCGCUUGUUCGAAGGGAGUGGUGAGUAGCUUUUUAAAAAAAAAAAUCCCCUCUUUGCAACCCCUUGAUCUUGAACUAAAUAGCUAAUGAUUGAGAAUAGGCGUCUCUUGCCGGACCAGGAGAAAAAGAAUUAUAUUGAUGCCGUUAAAUGCCUGCAGACCCUGCCUGCCCUUACCUCCAAUGUGGUCCCAGGCGCAAUCACUCGAUUCGAUGACUUCCAAAGCAUACAUAUUCGUCUAGCGGAGAUUAUCCACAACGUGGUGUGUUAUUUCUUUGAGUGGAGAGACCUGCAGGAUGUAUCCGAAGGCUGAUAUCAUGAGUCUCUCUCCCCUACCCUAGGGUUUGUUUCAUCACUGGCAUCGAUACUUCGUUUGGUUCUAUGAGAAGGCUCUGAGAGAGGAAUGCGGUUAUAAUGGUGCACAACCGUAAUUCUCCUCUCCCACUUCCCCUCCACCCUCAUCAAUGCUAAAUUAGAGUUACAGCUACUGGGACUGGACCCUCGACUCCGCCUCAGAGUCCGCCUUUCUCAACUCUCCCAUAUGGUGCCCCACAACCGGCUUCGGUGGCAAUGGGCCUUACAUAAACGAGUCCGGAAACCCCUUCCUCAGCAUUCCUGGCCGCACAGGCGGUGGCUGCGUCCCAGACGGCCCGUUUAGCAACUACACCCUCCAUCUUGGGCCCCGUGGAUCGAUCGCCAAAAACCCCCAAUGCCUCCGCAGGGACUUUGCACCCUUCAUCUCACCCCUAAGGCUCACAAAAGAGCUUGUGCGCCUCCCGCACUGCGAGAAGGCCUUCGACUGGUAUGACUUUAAGGCUCAAGCGGGGGCUAGAGAGGCCGGUUUCUUCUUACACGAGUCCUCCUUCCAUUCAGCGCCUCACAUAGCCGUUGGUGGGGAAGCUGGUCAGAUGGGGGACAUCUAUGCUAGCCCUGGAGACCCGAUAUUCUACCUUCACCACGCUGGCGUCGACCGCGAGUGGUGGAAGUGGCAGAAUGUUGACCCAGAGACGAGACUUAAGGACGCUAGGGGUCCCUCCAUUAGAUUCGACUUUCCCUUUGGGAAUAAUUUCCGCGGGGGGAAUAUCACGUUGGAGCAUGAGAUUGGACUUCUAGAGCUGGCCCCGGUGGUGCCAUUGCGCAAGGUUAUGGAUACGGAAGGGGAUUUGCUGUGUUAUUCUUAUGCUAAGGAGAAGGCGGUGUAUGAUCCCACAACGGAGAAGUGGGUUGCUGAGGAGCUUAGUGCAGAAGAAGAGGAUUGGGAGGCUUGUAAAAAUUAGGAGUACUAGGAACCUCAAUCCCAAUGAUUUAAAACCCCUCCCAUUGCGCACCGCAUUAACUAGAAUUCUCGAACCUCACGCUAGCAUGUCAGAGUCGCCUCUCCUAAUAAUGUCUAAAUUAUUUCUCCUUUCGUUGUCUUUCCCGUGUGCUGAAAGCCCUCCCCCUCUGUUCUCACAUAGGGUAACUCCUGGAUGUCAGCCCCUGGUUCAACUAUUCCAGCUCUUGCUGUAUGUA